AUGUCUUCUUCUCCCACACCCAAAUCCAGAGUUCUUGUCCUCGGGGCAGGCAACUUUGGAAGCUGCCUUGCAGAUCAUCUCGGCGACUGUGAACACGAGGUAUUUCUCUGGUCUCGCGACCCCGGCUUCGUAGAGUACUUCAACGUUCACCAUCGCAACCCCAACUACCUCAAAGACCAUGCAUUCUCCACCAACAUUCAUGCAUUGGGGCCCGAAAUACCAAACAAGGAGACGGUGCAGCAGAUGGAGGUCCUCCUCUUUGCGAUACCCACCCAAGGAAUCAGAGAAACUCUCACAAAGCUCCAGCCAAGCCUCACUGGGGAAAAGUUACCCUUGAUGAUUUUCGUCAACAAAGGUAUCGAGACCGGCACGCAGGCUCUUACUCUCGAAAUCAUUGCGGAUACAUGCGGAAGUAGAGUAGCUCGCGAGGCAACCUUUAUCUCAGGCCCUUCCUUCGCAAAGGAAAUCGUUCGCAGACAGCCUACUUCUGUUUCCGUUGCUUCCUUGACGGAGUCUCGAGCUGAAAAGGCUUCAGAGGUAUUCCAUCAACCUUGGUUUCGCUGUUAUACAGGGCGGGAUCCAAUAGGACUGGAGCUGGCGGGGGCUUUGAAGAACGUGUAUGCCAUUGCCGCUGGGAUGGCGGAUGGUUUAGGCUUUGAAAACAAUACGCGAGCAAUGUUGAUCACCCGGGGCUUGGCGGAGAUGACGAAGAUCGGGACUGCUUAUGGUGCAUCUCCACUGACGUUCCUGGGUCUCGCUGGUGUGGGAGAUUUGUUCCUCACGUGUAGCUCACCUAGCAGUCGGAAUUACACUGUGGGCUAUCGGCUUGGGAAAGGCGAAGCGCUGGAAGAUAUUAUCAGGACGCUUGGUAGCGUGGCGGAAGGCGUUACGACGGCCAAGGGACUGAAGAAGAUCAUAGAUGAGAUGGACGUGAACGCCUCCAUUGCGACCGAGAUAUAUCAAGUGCUUUAUGAAGGCAAGGACGUCAAAACAAGCGUGCAGGAGCUUAUGAGUCGACCGCCUUCACGCGAACUGGAUCUGCCAGAGAAGACGGGCGAACACGCAAAGGGUCUGCUGAAGAAGCUGGGCUUGGAUACUAGCAUUAAUGGGGAUAUCGUAAAACAUACUUCCCAAUAUGGACAUGAGUGCCCGGUGCCUUGA